AUGGAAGAGGGUAAUGAGGAAGACAAUGGUAACAUUGAGAAUAGUGACCAAAGUGAUUGUAAAGGUCGGAAAAAAGAAAAAAAAACGGAGAACAGUGGAGAAGAUAACAGUGAAGAGAGUUUUACAACAGUUACAAGGAGAAAACCAAAACUCAUUGACGCAUUGACAACGCCGUUAGAAAUGCAACGCUUAGAAGAAUAUUAUGAGAAGUUUGAACAUGCUUAUCAGCUAAUAAACUAUAAAAAGAUUUUAGAUUUGGGUUAUCAUUGUCGAAUUGUGAAUGAGACACACUUAUCUUUUGGAGUUGUAGAAGGAAUUGAUAUAGGAAUUGAAGAACAAGAAAUUUUAGAAAAUUUGACCUCAUCAUGUGAAAUUUCGUCUGUGAAAAGACUCAAACGCUUAGAUAUAAAUGAAAAACAAGAGGGGAAACAAAAGAUAUCUAAGAUGUGGGUAAUUAUUAAAAGGGUAAAAGAAAUUCUGUUCUCUGAAAGCAAAGUAGAAGAAAAGAUUCUCGAUAUUGUUAAGUUAGUAACUGGAGAGUUGAAAAUAAUCUUUAUGAAACUUAUAAUGGAAAAAGAAAUAAAGAGAAAUAUAACAUUUUUAGGAAAGAUAGAUGCGACUCAUAUGGUGGUGUGGCUAUAA